GCCCGGGGAUGGAACUCACGACCCUGCGAUCCAUAGUUCUGCACUCUCAUUGAGCUAAGCGGGCGGACAGACAAAAAAAAAAAAGAUCAAUGUUCAUGUUUUCGGAUAAGUUUUAUUUGUUAAAUCAAUGAUUUCUGUCUGCAGAUUCAAAGACUUGGGCCCGGGGAUACGGAACAGCCGAUUUUUCACAAGGACGAAUGGUAGACAACACUACACAAUUCAAUAUUGGCAGUGACCAAAUCGUUUACAAUGGUGCUUCUAGGCAUACUUUUGACAGAAAAGGGGUUGGAUUGGAACGCAAAGAUUCACGAUAUUCUGGGACCAAACUACGAGUUUAUAGACAAGUACCGAAGUAACGAGACGACACUUCGAGACAUGCUCUCACACCGAACGGGUCUGGCUCCGUUCAAUAUAGGCCAAUUAGCCGGUUAUCCGACCGGUCUGACUAGAGAACUUUUCAGCAAGAAAAUGAAGCUCUGGCCACAAAAGCGGCCUUUCCGGGAUACAUUCAUUUACAAUAACCUUAUGUACAUGAUGCUGGGACAUGUGGUGGAAAAACUGGGUGGUGACACAUGGGAAAACCUCCUGACUUCUAAAGUAUUUCAGCCAAUAGGAAUGAAUUCUACCCGGAUUCUCAGAGAGCCAAAAGAUGUGUUGGAAAACGGCGUUGCUAAACCUUACAUAUUUAAAGACAAUAUGUUUCAAAAUGGUUCACUCGAAAUAUAUCGCAUCCAUCUACUUGAACCGGCUGGUGCAAUUUUGUCAACAGGAGAGGACAUGGCUAAAUAUAUGAGAUUUAAUCUAGAUGGUGGUGUUACAGAUCACGGAAAAUCUUUGAUUGGCCGUAAACUACUUUUAAAAGCAUUUAAAGCUACCAUACCUACGGUUGGUAGCAGUUUUAUGAAGAACAACUUUCUGACACUCCCAGAAGUCCCAGCUUCAGACGCAACAUUCGGAUACGGCCAUGCCUGGUUUACCGCGACAUAUCGUGGGUACCGUAAAGUGUGGCAUAGUGGAGGACUUUUCUCGUAUGUUACGCUCUUAAUGAUGUUUCCAGACAUAAAUGCAGGACUUUAUGCAAGUGUUAAUGGUCCAGCUAUAAACGGAGUGUCAGCAUAUGCUCUGCGUAACAUUUUGUCUUACAUAACUGAUGAACUGAUUGGGAAAGAGCAAUGGCUUGAUGAAACAAACUCAUGUCCAUCACCACUGCUUUCGCCAAAUACGAGCACGACCUCGACACCACCAGAACCGUUGGGAAGUUUGCAAAAUCCUUCGGAAUAUAUGGGAUAUUACGCGAGUCAUUUUCUUCCUGGCUUAAUGGUUUCAACAAAAUCAGGGGAUGAUUCGUCACUAUCAUUUCAGAUGAACCGACUUGGAGGAAUUCUCCAUUCUACACAAGACAAAGAUAGAUUUUUGAUGGAAGUCACAGCUCCAUGGGAAUAUAUGGUUUCAUAUUUUGAUGACAAUGAUGAAGCAAUCAUGAUAAAUUCAACAUUUCUGCGAAAUGAGGAAGGCGUUGUUACGUCUUUAGAAGUUGAUUUGGAAGUGAAGGUGGUAUACAGUAAAGAUGUACCCGCUCUGAGCUAUCUUAAUCUUAUACCUGAUCAAGAACCUUUUAUCUACCUAUAGAUGAAUACCAAUUAUUUGCAUGGACUGUUGUCACCAGUCAGGUUCAUUUGUUUAUAUUAAGAGCGAAUAGCUUCUACUGAAAACGAAAUUAAAGGCGUACGCUAGAAUUCCCUGUAUAUGAGAAGGGCAAUCAUCUAAGAAACAAAAAUCUGCAAUAAA